AUGCAGACAGCCACACAGCCCGGACCAGCACAACCAGCCACUCCCGCCCCUCCCUCGUCUCUCGCGCUGCGCCCUACCUCGUCCCCGUCUUCCUCCUUCCUCUUCCCCUCGAUCUGGUCGUUCCAGCCGUUUUUCACACAGCAGCCGAACCCUCAGACCUACGCACACCAGCUCGCUCUCUGGACGCAGCUCGUCUUGACGUGGUGUCGCUUCACCCGGACUUGGAGGAUCGACUUGAGCCACGAGACGUGCGAGAAGGAGCCAUUCCGGAACGCGGCGAUCAAGCGCCAAGUCCCCCUCCCCUUCCUUCGACUGAUCAUCGAAUCCCUCGUCUCUGCCGGUUCCGCUGAAUACGACCCGAAACCUACAAAGAACAAGCCUGCGACGGGCGCAUGGAUAUAUUGGAAGAGGCCGGAGGAGUGGGCGCAGGUUAUCUAUGAAUGGGUCAAGGAGACGGGCCAGACGAACACGAUUAUCACAUUCUACGAGCUGACGGAAGGAGGCGACCUCGUCCAUACCACCGAGUUCUACCGCCUCCCCAUCCCCAUCCUACGAAAAACCCUUGACAUCCUCAUCAAGCAAGGCAAGGCGCAGGUGCUCAAGGGUACGGGCGCGGAAGAAGGCGGAGAGGGUGUCAAGUUCGUCUAG